AGUUGUAACUGCUGUUGUUACUGACAACAAAAAAGGAGACAUAGCAAUUUUAUUGUAACAGUAUAAUCGGCGUACAAUUAUGUGAAUUUAAGUUUUAAUUGGAGGUUCAUUGCUCCAUAAACGACUUUGGGAAUAACCCUAAAAUAGCAAGGAUGUGGGAGCCGCUGAAUAUCGUACAUAAAAACAACAUUCAAGGUUAAGUCUGCUACGGGUAGUUCAGAAGAAGUACAGUUCGUGAGGAAUUUAAACAUUUUUAAAACGGUCAAAAAACCUUUUCAAUUACAGUCGGGUUAAAGCAAAUGUGUGUCGAUAUUGAAUCAAAUUUGAGAUCAUUCAGCUAACAAGAAGUUAUGAUAAAUAACGACUUCAACGAUUACGAUCUGGGAAAUGGCACGAACGUUACUUACGACACGAACAAUCUCGAUUUCAACUGGAACGAACUUCUUCCAACAUUAAUUGUGUAUAGUGUCACGUUUAUUUUGGGCCUCACGGGCAACAUACUAAUUGUCUUCACUACUUACAAAUACAGAAGAAUGAAAAGCGUUACCAACGUUUUUUUGUCUAGUUUAGCCUCUUCUGACUUGAUUUUGAUCAUUGUUUGCAUUCCAGUAAAGGUGGCAAAACUAUUUUCAUAUACAUGGGAAAUGGGCGCAGUAGUUUGCAAAGGUAUACACUACAUGCAGUAUGUUUCAGCUAUAUGUUCUGUCUUGACAUUAACAGCAAUAAGUAUAGAAAGAUAUUAUGCAAUCGUACAUCCUAUGAAGGCAAAAUAUGUGUGUACGAUUAGCCAAGCGAAAAGAAUUAUUCUUGUAAUAUGGAUACUGGCGAUCAUUUUGGGAGUACCAACUUUAAAAGCACAAUUACAUCUACCAGUCGGUAAAAGAAAUGAAUCAAAUUACUGCGUCAGAGGUUGGGACGAUAACCCAACGAUUCACAAGUUUCACGAACUUUAUAUGUUCAUUUUAAUAUUUGUUGGUCCUUUUUGCAUCAUGGCAUUUUCUUAUGGAUUAAUUUGUUGGGAAAUUUGGAAAGUUAUAGAAAGAAGAUCUACAAUGACCAGUGAACAAGUUUUAUCUCGUCUUCCUGGGAAAUAUACAAUAUCUCAAAAUAAAAAGUUGAUCGAGAAUACUAAUACAAAUAAUAGUAGCAAAACAAAAAAUAGUGCUAGAGAUGAUACUACCGUAGUCAAGCAAGUAAUAUGUAUGUUAGUAACAGUUGUAGUGCUUUUUGCAGUUUGUUGGACUCCUAUGUUGAUAGAUAACGUCCUAACGGCUUAUGGUGUGCUACCUUUCAUGAAAUUUGGAACUAUCAAAUAUAUGUCAAACGCAUUUUCCUUAAUGGCCUACUUUAAUAGUUGUAUUAACCCAAUAAUAUAUGGGUUCAUGUCUAAGAGCUUCAGAGAUAGCUUUGUUCAGGCAUUGUGCUUACAGAGAAGAGCUCUACAUGAACGAGCAAAUAGCUACAGCCUUCGCCAUGUUUCAACAAGAGCAUCAUCUGUCAAGAGUAUUGUAACAAGAACUGCGUCAUUGAAAUGAAAUAAACUUAUGGGAACUGCUCUUUAAUUUCUGUAAAUAUUCAACAGCAGUCCCAAAAGUUAAAACGUAUUUGUACGAUUUUCUGAAAGUGUUUACUGUGAUAUAUGUAUGAUUAUUAUUUAUUGUGUCCGCUAAUAUGUGGAAAAGCUUCGGUUCUCAGCAGCAUCUAGUAUAAUAUGUAAUUUAUCAGAUGUUUGCUAAUUUUAUAAAAAGCUUUUAAUAACAUAUUUUCAUCUCAAUUUUUGUAAGAAGUAUUACUAAACGAAAAAAAUGAAAAAUCCAUUGAUCAUUUUUACUGAUCAGAAUAAACGUGUUGAUCAUUUUUAAAAUUAUGAGCAUUGUCGACUGUUAACAAAAAUGCUAAUAAUUAAAACAAUCAAUCGAAAAACAUAUUAGGAAAACCAAAUGAAUACCCCUACAAUAUACGCCGCAUUAGUGAUGUCAUCACACCGUCAUUUUUAAUUUCCGGGUUACAAACUUGAUUUAAGCCGGUACCACCCCAUUACUUACAACGUUGGCCGCUAGUAUGAUUGGACGCAUCGUGUGGUCGUAGUACGCAUAUCAUUCGACGAAUGUUUUACUUCCAACGUUGGCCAUGGAAGGUCAGUAUUUUUGACCCACGUCAAUGGAAGAACCCAACAUUGUAAUGAAGUUGAAACAAACACAAGUACAGACACAUGAAAAAACCAAAGUUUUCAGUAUCAUCCAGUUUAUAUUAAAAUAAUUUAUGCAGUUAAUAACUUUUUUGACAUGAUUUCAUUACUUUACCCAAGUUUAGGUAAUGUCCAGCCAACGUUGGAAGGAAAAUGUUGGCGCAAACGUUGGACGCAUCGUGUAGUGCCGGCUUUAUACUCGAGUCCCUAAAAGCGAAAAUAUAUCUUGGGGUAACGUAAUUUUAAAAGCAUAUCGAAAAACUUAUAUUGUGAAUCAAUUUUGAAAUAAAUUUUUUUGGAGGCUUGUAAUUCAAACAAAAAUAAAUAUUUUGAGGUAGUAAUUGUGAACUUAUAUUGGUAUCAUUCGAUAAUGAUCAUUCUUUACUAAAUUUUUUCUUCUUCUUCAUCGUACGUUAGGACUUAUUGUUAGUCCUGUGUAUGUAUCAAUGGUUGCCUAGCUGCAGCUGGGAUGAUGAAGACCAACUUUCAUACCAUCACGUAGGUGGUCGGAAUGUAUUCGGUUUUUCUUUCUUUGCAAUCUUUGCCAACCUGUCAUCUCACAUUCUGUACAGGUGGUCUCUCCAUUCCCUUCGCCUAUUUCUCGCCCACCUCACUACAUCCUGGAGUUAAUUGGAUAAAAUAUUAGUCUCUAGAAUUGAUUUAUUUGGAACAAAGAAACUGAAUAAUAUUAACUUUAUACGUCACACUAAUGCGGCGCAUUGGAUGCCGUUAAUAAAUUGUUUAACAAUUUUAUAGUAAUUUCAAGGUACCCUACAAACAUGAAAAAGCUGUACCAUAGAUGAUUUCCAUUAAUAUCUUUGUGAUUUGAAAGUCGAAACAUGCUUGAAUGUUACAAAGAAAAUGUUGAUUACUUUUGGUACAUUCCACUAAGCGUUCACGGCGCCUGAAAUACUCUUUUGGGCCUUCCACAUAGCGACUGCGAUUAUAACAAAACCUCUUAAAGCUUUCGCUUUAUUUUUUCUGUUUUGCCAGUCGUUAAUAUUUAUGUCAACGCUCAAAACGCCUCGUAAGCCAUUCCACUUGGGUUUACGAUUAUAACGCUCUGGUGGAACGGGAAAUACUUUGGUAGUGAACGUGAUCGUUAUGAGUGCUAAGUGGAAUGCAUCCUAUAUCAUGUGAAUUGUUUUGGUACAUAAAUAGAUAAAUUUCUAAAAAUAAAAAUUUGUGAAUCCCAUUUUCUACACCUACAAAGUCUUGGAUAUGUAGAAUCUGUACAUCUAUGAAAUAUUAAACAUCUCGUAUUCUAAUAAAUUUUACAUUCCAUAAA